AUGGGUAUACUUACAACUCCAGAUAAAGAGAAAAUCAAAAGGACGAUUCCCAAAGCAAGCAAUAAAAUUAUUGAUGCCACAGUAGCACGCCUAUACAUUGCUUACCCUGAUCCGACAAAAUGGAUUUAUACUGGGUUAAUGGGUGCCAUUGCCCUUGUUGAUGAUUUAGUGGGCCACACAUUCUUCCUCAAACUUGUUGAUAUAACUGACCACCGAGGAGUCUUAUGGGAUCAAGAGCUCUACGUUGAUUUUGAGUAUAAUCAAGACCGGAAAUAUUUCCAUACAUUUGAAAUUGAGGAUUGUCUUGUGGGUUUACUAUUUGAAGAUACCAAUGACGCCUCUCAUUUUUACAAAAGGGUCACCCAUCGUCAGAAACAUGGAUCAAGUGCAACAGUUAAGAAUAAAAAUGCCAUUGCUUUAAAGGAAAGAGCUGAACCAAAGGGACACAAUGCACCAGGUCCAAGAGGUGAAUUUAUGGAUGUCAAUACAGCCCAACGGCAAAGGAGGGCAAAGGGAGUAUUGUAUUAUGAUGAUGUGCCACCUCCAGAAUGGAGAUCACUUUAUGCCGAAUUAGAGUCGGCGGGUAUAACUCAGGAUAUGAUUGUUGAUAAUAGGCAAUUUAUCAAGGACUACAUUGCACAACAAGGAGGGCCACUUGUGGGAUUAGAGCCACCGAUACCUAGAAAGUACCAAAAAGCUCAUGAAAGGGCUGUGGGUAUUGAGAAUGCGCAAGAAGCUGCAUCCAUCCCCGAACCAAAGCCAAGUAUCAAACACAAAAAGGCGCCACCUCCACCUCCGCUGGCACCACAAACAUCUUCACCUUCGUUGCCCACAUCUUCAAACCAAUCAGUCAACUCGCCAGCGUCAGAAGAUGGGCACUCGCCUUCACCAACACCUACAUCUGAGUCUGCUGUCGAACCUGUCUCUGAGCCUGUUAAACGGGUAUUUAGAUUGCCACCAGCGACAGCUUUACCACUGCCUGCUAGGACCACAUCGGUGUCUUCAAAUGAUAGACCACUCCCUGCGCCACCGUCACAACAACAACAACAUCAGCAGGAUAAAUACCAGCCCUCACCACCGCAAAACCAAACACCACCAAAUACACAGAGAAAGUUUGCCGUCCCUCCACCCUUGACUACUACUGUGCAUAAAGCUCCGCCGCCAUUUCAGUUUAAUCAGGCACAACAAGGACAGCAAAAUUCACCGGUUUUACAAAAUGGAGGAGCAGCUCCACCACCUACGCCUCCAAACAGGGGCAAUGCGCCACCACCACCACCUAGAGCAAACUACUCAAUCAACACAAAUGCUCCUGCACCUCCUCCAAGAGCAUCACCUAUUACACCAACACGUACGGGAACAAAUGGCUCAAAUCCACCCCCAGCACCUCCUCCAAGAGCAUCGAGAGGGGCUGCCCCACCACCUCCGCCGCCUCGAAGUGCAACUGCUCAUGCAAACAAUUCUCCACAAGUACCUCCGCGAAAUUCGUUCCCUCAACAGCCAGUUCAACAACAACAGCAGCAACAGCAGCAACAGCAAAGUUUUCCCGCACCUCCACCUCUUCAGCCAAGACCUGUGGCUGUUCCUCCAACGCAACAGCAGCCUCAAUCUCAAGCAUACGGCCAGUCGGCAGGUGCUGCUCCUCCACCGCCUCCCCCACCGCCACCGCCUCCAACAAUGCAACAAAUGUCUACCGGGCCAACUCCAGCUCCGCCAGCACCGCCCCCUCCAGAUAUGUCGGGUGGUCAAUUUACUGAGACUACAGGAGAUGCCGGUCGAGAUGCUCUAUUGUCGUCAAUUAGAGGCGCUGGUGUCGGCUCAUUGAAAAAGACUGACAAAUCUCAAUUAGAAAGACCAAGUGUUUUAAUACAAGAGGCAAAAGGAGAACCAGUCCAGAGCAAUUCUACUUCGGGUGGUGGAAAUGCACCAGGAGCCCCACCUGCUACUAUGGCAGACGCGUUAGCUGCUGCAUUGAACAAACGUAAAGGUAAAGUUGCGCAAAGUGAUGAUGAAGAUGAUGAGUGGUGA